AUGUUUGCAGAGCCGUCAAUGCCAGAGCGGCGUCCCUCGCCCGGCCUGGCCCUCAACCUAUCCUCCAACAACCCAUUCCGCAACCGAGCCACGUCCCCAGCAUUUCCCUCGCCUCCCAACAACAACAACAACAACGACCCCUUCCACCCCGCCACCAACGACCGCUCGAGCUCGGGCAGCCGUCCAAUGUCGCGCAAUCCCUUUCUCACCACCUUUGAGAAGGAGUUCAACAAGGAGGCCUCGCGCGAUCUCGUCGACAUGUCAGCCUCCAUGAAGGACUCGCCCAAAAAGUCCACCUUUGGCACCGCUGCCGAAGAACUCUUUGGGCAACCUGGACUCACCAUGGAGCGUUUCCACCAGUUUGUGAUGCGGUUUGCUGACUACCCUUCGCUCGCACAGAACAACCUUACCAUCGAUGAUGGUGAGAGGAGACGCGCACCUCCCCGGCCCGCCGCAGCUCGCAGCGGCACCGAUCCCCGUGUAGGCCAUCGUCCAUCGCGCUCCGAAGAGGAGCGCGAGCGGAUGAGAGGCGGCCCUCGAGCGCCCCCGAGACCGCGGGGCCAGCCUGGUUCUCGCCCACCACACCCGAACAGCCCUGAGCGCCGCGAGAAUCGCCGCCCCCGCCGAAACUCCGAGUCUUCCGUCAUCGACAAAGGCUCGCUUGAUGAUGACCGCAGGCGUAGGGAACGCCGCAGAGAGCGUGAGGACCGUGGUAAAGAUGGCAAGUCUAGUUCUCGACGUACUCGUAAGCCGCAGGGUCUCGAUCUGAUCGACAAGCUCGAUGUCACGGGCAUCUACGGUCCAAGCAUGAUUCACCACGACGGUCCGUAUGACGCGGUCCAACCUCACCGCAACCGAAAGAAGGAUCAGAAUGCGCCGAUGCAUGCCUUCCCGGCAGGAUCAGCCAACAACUCACUGGGUGGCUCAGGGCCUCUGAAUUCCAAAAUCGACCUCGACCGUAUUCAUGGCAGGGGGGCAGAGGGCUUCACAGACUUUGGCGGAAUCGAGAACGACUGGAAGAAGCCCACGAUUGAAUUUAGCGCCAAGGGAAGAGAUGAUGUGUUGCACGGAGAACCGACACACGGCCUGGGAACUUCGACCUUCCUUGAUGGUGCUCCAGCAUCACGCAAGGCUAUCGAGCAAGACUACGAGGCUCAAAGGCAAAAGCAGCUGGCUGAGAACGGGCUUGGCCGCAAGAAGUCGAUUGCCCAGCGCUUCCGUGGCAUUUCGCAGCCCCGUAACCCUCCUCGUUUUGGUGAAUCUGCACCUCGCAUUACCUCUCCAGAUCCUCGAUAUGGCGCCACGAGUCCCAAUGGUGCUAAUGGCUCCCACAGCGCUGGAGCAUUGUCACAGAACAAAGCCACUGAGCGUAAUCCGUUCUUUAGCGACGAUUACGACAAGGCAUUCGAGGCGAAGGGUGCAUCAAUCAAGGCAAAUGAAGCUGAAGGCGAGGGAUCGUCGCCACCUGGUCGCAACGCCUUGACCCGGGCCAUGACCACUGAGAGCAUUGGAUCUCCUACCAGCGAGAAUAAGCCCAAUGGUGGAUUCCUCAACCGGGUGAAGAGCUUGAAAGGCGGACGUCGUCGUCCUGCUUGA